AUGUCAUAUAAAGAUACGCUAAAGGACUUCCCGGUCCGACAAAUGCUUAUCAUUUGUCUAAUAAGAUUUUCAGAACCAUUAGCAUUCACAUCAUUAUUCCCUUAUGUUUAUUUUAUGAUUCGAGAUUUCCAGAUUGCUAAACUGGAACAAGAUAUCUCAAAGUAUAGUGGAUAUUUAGCAUCAUCAUUUGCAUUUUGCCAGUUUAUAUUUGCAGUGCGAUGGGGAAAACUUUCGGAUAGAAUUGGUAGAAAAUUCAUCUUGUUGAUUGGUCUUGCCGGAACGUCAAUUUCACUUUUGUUAUUUGGGUUCAGUCAAAAUUAUUAUUGGGCGUUAGCGGCAAGAUCACUUGCUGGAGUCCUUAAUGGGAAUGUUGCCGUUUUGAGAACAGCCAUUGGUGAAAUUGCAACUGAAAAAAGACAUCAACCAUUGGCAUUUUCUACCUUGCCACUUUUAUUCAACUUUGGGGCAAUUAUUGGUCCUGCUAUUGGAGGUUCAAAGUACUUGACACAUCCAAAUCCAAAGAAUCCAUAUCAUCACGAUGAAGAUACUAUGUCGGUAUUGCAAGAAUCGUUAUACCAGCGAUUUAUCACUAAAUACCCCUAUGCAUUAUCAAAUAUUGUGGUUGCUUUAUUUUUAUGGUUUAGUCUUAUUUGUGGGAUUUUAUUUUUGGAAGAAACUCAUGAAGUUUUCAAAUAUCGUCAUGAUUAUGGUGUAGAUUUGGGUGAUUGGUUGUUAAGCAAAGUUGGUAUCAGUACUCCUGUUAGACCAUGGCAAGCAAAUUACAACAGUAACAAGACACCCGAAGUCACCGAAACAACUACAUUAUUAUCCGAUUCCGAAUCUAUCAACAGCCAAGACUUGUCAGAUAUUGACUCAUCAGAUAUAGCUUCUUCUGAACUGGACCCACCAUACAGACCUUCUUACAAGAAUGCAUUCACACCAAAAGUUAUUCGUGUCAUUACAGGUAAUUUCAUUAUUUCCCUCCAUAGUGUUACGUAUAAUGAAUUCUUACCUGUGUUUCUUGCAUCUAGAUUCCAACCAGAUAAAUUGAAAUUCCCAUUCAAGAUUGUUGGUGGGUUAGGUCUUGAUGUCAGUUAUAUCGGGACACUUUUUUCAUCUACAGGUAUAAUGGGUAUGUUAAUUGUCCUUUUAGUUUUCCCUAUUAUUGAUGCCAAGUUAGGAACAGUGAAUGGUUACAGAUUUAGCGUUUCCAUAUUCCCAUUCUUAUAUUUUGUUGUUCCAUUUGCAAUUUUCACAUUACAUGAAUACAAUCCAUUUUUCCCAACUUGGUUCACGCCAAUUUUACUUUAUUCAUUAACUUCAAUAAAGACAUUGGCUUCCGCAACAGGUAUGCCCCAAGUUAUGAUUUUGAAUCACCGGGCAGCAGCAAAGGAACACCGUGCGUAUGUUAAUAGUGCUACCAUGAGUAUCAUUGCCUUGGCUAGAUGUGCUGGUCCAAUGAUUUUUGGGUAUUUGAUGUCAUUGGGGGAUAAAUUGAAUAUGGGUGAAUUAAUCUGGUGGUCAAUGUCGCUUUUGGCAUUUGUGGGUAUGAUUCAAUCUUAUUGGAUGUCAGAGGAUGACGAAGAGGAAGAUUAG